GCAUAAAAGUCUUUGUAGGCAGAAGCUUGCGCGCGCAUGUCUCAGUUGAUUCUUGGGAUUGGUCAACCUUAUUUUUGCCCAGAUUCUCUUUUCAUGUAGGUUCUGAAGCAGUGGCUAUGGCUGGAAUUCUAAAGAAGACCACUGGGCUAGUGGGGCUAGCUGUAUGUGAAACUCCACAUGAUCGCCUCAGGAUACUCUACACAAAAAUUCUUACUGCUCUGGAGACUAUGCCCAGAGAUGCAGCGUAUAGGAAGUAUACGGAGAGAAUUAUCAGUGAUCGGUUUGAUAUGGUAAAAACAGAACCCAGUGUGGAAAAAUUGGAAAACAAAAUCAAUGGUGGACAGAUAGAAGAAGUGAUUUUGCAGGCUGAAAAUGAGCUCUCCCUAGCCAGGAAAAUGGUACAGUGGCGACCAUGGGAGCCUUUAGUUGAAGAACCUCCAGCUGACCAGUGGAAAUGGCCAAUAUAGUUGCCACUAUUUGUAGUUUUGGGAAUAGAAAAACAUUUCAUUAAAUCUAUGCUGGACAUGAAUGAAAA